AAAGGAAAUCCGCGCGCGAGCGGAGAGAUUCGCGCCCUUCCAUUGUAGUUAAUGCGCUCUCGAGAUUUGUCAGUAAAAUAACGCCAUAACUGGGUUGAGCUUUUAAUUACAAGAGCAGAAUUAAUCACACGCGAAUAUUCGAGUUUUGAAUCUUUAUGUUGUAGUCUCUUCUGAUAAGCGCAUGUAUUUUUCUCCUCGCUGUUUUUCUCCUCUAUCAGAUUUCUCGUUGGAUUUAGAAACUUGAAGGCAGAAAUGGCACAACAUCUGCGAAGCAAGAGAGACCAAAGCCCAACUGAUAGUCCCAACAUGAGUGAUCUGAGGAUUGUCCUGGUGGGGAAAAAUGAGUCAGAAAACAACAGAGUGGGAAACUUAAUAUUCAAUAAAAAUGUGUUUGGGAAGAAAACACCACAACCUGAUGUGGAGACAUUCACGGAAAGAGUGGAGAGAAGAAACAUCACAGUCAUCAACGCAACUCAUCUGCUCAAUCCAGAACUCAGACUUAAAGAAAUAACACAAUACGUGUCCAAGUUGUGUCCUCCAGAGCCUCAUGUGAUCAUACUGGUGCUGCAGCUCAAUGAUUUUAGUCAGAAGAAUAGAGACAUAUUGCCUUCAGUGUUGAACUGCUUUGGUGAGCAUGCGAUGAAGUGCACAAUGAUUCUGACUACUGAUGAGGAGACACGCAGCGCUGAACAUACAUUUGAAAAUGAAUAUAUUCAAGAAAUAUCUACAGAAUGUGGAGGAGGAUGCCUUCAACUUGCACAAAAUACAAAACACUCUCAAAUACUUCAAAAAGUGUAUGAAAUAAUCAGUCAAGGUGUAGUUGAAGAGACACAGCAGAUCUCAUCUCUGCAUGAAGAAGACCGCAAGAGGCUAAGGCGAAGAAGUCAAAGUUUAGGAAUACGCCCUAGCAUGUGUGAUCUGAGGAUUGUUCUUCUGGGGAAGAAUCUAUCAGAAAACAGCAGAGUCAGAAACUCAAUCCUGGGAACAGAUGCACUUAUAGAGCAGCACAAUGUGCUGAAAAUCAGUGAAACAGUGAAGAACAGACACGUCACAGUCAUUAACGCUCUUAAUCUGCUGAAUCCUGACAUCUCAGAUCAUCAGAUCACACAGACAGUGAGAGAGUGUGUGAAUCAAUCUGAUCCAGGACCUCAUGUGUUCAUAAUCAUACUGCAAUAUAAAGACUUCACUGAGGAGGACCUGAGAAGAGUGAAACAUGUGCUCAACAAAUUCAGUGGAGAAGCGAUAAAACGCUCUAUCGUUGUCACGACUGAUGAAGAGAGAGAUGACUCGUACAUUCAUCAGUUAAUAAAGGAGUGUGGAGCAAGACAUUUGGAGUUUGAAAGAGAAAACCCAGAAUGGCAAUUUGACAUAUUCCAUAGGACUGAUAAGAUACUUCAGGAGAACAUGGAAGAAUACCUCACAUGUGAAAUAUUUCAUGAUGCUGAAGGAACAUCAGUGGAUGAAGAGCGAAGAUCUCAUGGUUCAGUCAGAUCAGAGGAAAAAUACAAAGAGCAUUCUUUUUACAAAGAUGAUGGAAAACUCGAACAGAGCAAGAGAAGUGAAGGAAGUCUAAUUGAUAUAAGAGAGUGGAUUCGCUCCAACUUGCCAGCUAAUUACUCUGGAAAACAGAAGCUGAACCUGGUUCUGUGUGGAAGUGAUCCAACAUUUGAAGUCUAUGUGUCCAAACUUUUACGUGGAAAAACUAUAAAAUCUUCACAUCAGAGAGAGAGCAGUGAAGAGUGUGUGAAGAAAGAUGAGAAGAUUCAUGGUCGUCAGAUCAGUGUGAUAGAGCUUCCAGCUCUCAGUCGUCUCUCAGAGGAGGAAGUGAUGCGUCAGACUCUGCACUGCCUUUCUCUCUGUCAACCUGGAGUUCAUGUUUUUCUCCUCAUUGUUCCUGUUGGUCCACUGACUGAUGAAGUCAAAGCAGAAAUAGAGGAGAUCCAGAAUAACUUUUAUUCCAGAGAGCAUUUCAUGGUAAUGUUUAUCAGUGAAGGCACUGUUAAAAGACAAGAUACAGAGUUUAUAAACAGCCCAGAAUCUCAGAGGUUAAUCAGUCUUUGUGGAGGUCGGUACAGAGUGAUGGGUUUAAAAGAGCAUGAAAGCUCAAGACAGAUCCCAGAACUACUGGAUUAUAUUGAGAACAUGAAGACUGAACCCUAUUCACUUCAGAUGUAUUUGAAAGUUCAAGAGAACAGAGCCAGACAUGAAACAGAGGAGAAAUAUGAAGAGAAACUGAAGAAAAUGGAGGAUGAGAUCAAAGAGUUAAAGCAGAAGUUUCAGUCAGAAGUUUCAGGUGCUGAAUGUUCAGAUGAUCAGGAGAGUUUGAGGAUUGUGUUGAUUGGGAGAACAGGAAAUGGAAAGAGUGCAACAGGAAACACUAUUCUAGGAAGAAAUGAGUUUGAGAGUAAAGCAAGCAUGGAUUCAGUGACGACUGUUUGUAAGAAGGGAGUUGGUAAGGUUGAUGGUCGAUCAGUAGCUGUGGUUGAUACUCCAGGACUCUUUGACACAUCACUUUCAAAUGAACAAGCGGUCGAUGAAAUAGUGAAAUGUGUUUCACUCUCAUCUCCUGGACCUCAUGUGUUUGUCAUUGUGUUGAGUGUGGGGAGAUUCACCAAGGAAGAAGCAGACACUGUGGAUCUGAUAAUGAAGAUCUUCGGUCCAAAAGCUGCUCAGUUCAGCAUCGUUCUGUUCACUAGAGGAGACGAACUUAAUGAUGAGUCCAUACAAGAUUAUGUGGAGAGAGGAAACCAUGCUGAGGUCAAGAAACUGAUCAGAGAUUGUGGAAACAGAUUCUUGGCUUUCAAUAACAGAGAAAAACAAGACAGAACUCAAGUGAGCCGACUGUUAAAGAUGAUAGAAGAGGUGAAGAACAGUAAUCAGGGUCGAUACUUCACUAACAGCAUGUUUGAGGAGGCUGAGAUGUCCAUAAAGAAGAGAAUGGAGGAAAUACUGAAAGAGAGAGAAAGAGAAGUUCAGAUUCAAAGAGAAGAAUUAGAAGCCAAAUAUGAGCUGGGCAUGAAAAUCCUGUUGAAGAGACUCGAGGAUGAGAAACAAAGAGCAGAUGAGGAGAGAAUGAAGAUGGAGAAUCAAUUCAGAGAAAAAGAGAAACAACUUAGAAAAGAGUUUGAAGAGAAAGAAAAAACAGAAAAGAAGGAAAGAGAGAAGGAAAACCAGAAACGAUCAGAAGAAGAAAAACAGCGAAGAGCUGAAUAUAUUAAAAAAAUUGAAGAAAUGAAGAGAGAGAUUGAAAACCAGAGAUCACAGUAUGAAAAACAGCAAAAAGAAAGAGAAGUAGAAGAUAGAAAGAGAGAAGAGAGAUACAGACGAGAUCAAGAAAAAAUGAAAAAAGAACAAGAACGUGUUAUAACAGAGUUAAAGAUGAAAGAAGAAAAAGAAAUGAAAAAGAGAGAUUUAGAGGAAAAAAGGAAAAAAGAACAAGAAGAGAAAGAAAGAAAAGAAUGGGUGAGAAAAAUAAAAGAGGCUGAAAAUGACAGAAAAGAGACUCAAGAAGAAAUAAAACGACAACAGAGAGAAUGGGAGGAAGAAAAGAAACGCCAGAUGAUAGAACGAGAGGAAGAAGAAAGAAAGAGAAAAGAGAAACAUGAGGAACAGCUGAGAGAAAAACAAGAUGAAAUGGAGACAAUGAGAAAGAAAUUUGAAAAAGAGAGAGAAGAAGAACAACAGAAGAUAGAGGAUGAGAGACAGAAACAGAAAAGAGAAAGAGAAGAUAAAGAAAGAGAAUAUGAACGAAAGAAAACUGAAAUUGAAAGACAUUAUGAACAAUUGGAACGAGAGAGAAAAAAGGGAUGGGAGAGAAGAAAACAAGAAGAUGAUGAGAGACAAGAAGAAGAAAGAAAGAGAUGGAAAAAAAUGAUUGAAGAUCUGAAACAAGAACAACAAGAAGAGAUAAAGAGAAGAGAAAGAGAGAGAAUAGAAAGAGAAGUGAAAGAGAGAGAUAAAAUGAAACAGAAACAUGAAGAGGAAAUAAAACAGAUGAAGAGGAAACAUGAAGAUGAAGCCAGAAAACAAGCAGAAGAACUGCAUGAUUUCAGAGAGAGAUAUAAUCAGCAGGUUCAGGAGCUCACAGAGAUGCUGGAAGAACGUCAGAAACAACAGGAAUUACUGGAAAAACUCUAUCAGCACCUGCAUGCACAGAAAGGAGAAGAAAUAAAAGAGCUACAAAAACAAGUUGAAAAACUGAAAAAUAAACCAGGCUGUAUCAUUAUGUGAUUGAUUUCAAGCAUAAAGAUGAGUGCCAACAACAUUUAUGCUUCCGUUAAUUUUUAUUAUAUUAACUUACCUUAAGCUGUUUGAUUAGAAUUGCCUUGCUGACAAAAUGAGAAAAUGUAAAAAGAUUUCAUUUAGUUUUUCUGAUACUGUUUUGAACCAUUUCAUAUUGGCAUUUUCAUAUUGCUUGCAUACUUCAGUAUUACAUAAAAAUGUCAAAUACUGCAAUAUUAUUUUCUUCCCCCAUUGUUUUCACUUCUACAUCUACAGGUGCAUCUCAAUAAAUUAGAAUGUCAUUUAUUUCAGAAAUUCAACUCAAAUUGUGAAACUUGUAUAUUAAAUAAAUU